GUGAGGGGGUGUCAUGGCAACCGCGGGCGCGUCGCGGCGCUCGGGAGUCCCGCGGAGCCGGAGCCGCUGAGGGGAUCCCGGGGCUGCUGGAGCCUCUCGGUUCCUCUUCGUUGAGGACGACACGGGAAGGGGGAGGCCGAGCCGGGAGAGGAGCCGGAAACCCCAGUGGUGAUUUUUGCUGAAAUCACGUGUCACUAUGAAGGCCCUGUAUGGUCAGCAGAAUUCUCCUGGAGAGGAAAUGACAUUUGUGUUCCAGGAAAGAGAGAACCUUCCUGCCAGCAGAGACCACGAUGUGAAGGUGCAGGUCAGGGCCUGUGCUCUGAGCUGGCUGGACACAAAGCUCCUGUCAGAAAUCAAAGUGAAGAAGGAACUUGUGCCUGUUGGGCGAGAAAUUUCGGGAGUUGUGCUGGAAGUUGGAAGCAAGGUGACCUUUUUCCAGCCAGAUGAUGAAGUGGUGGGAAUUCUGCCCCUGGAUUCUGAGGAGUCUGGUGUCUGUGAAGUUAUCCUGGUUCACGAGCAUUAUUUGGUUCACAAGCCAGAGAAGGUCUGUUGGGCAGAGGCUGCCGGGACGGUCCGGGACGGGCUCCGCGCUUACACGGCCCUGCACUACCUGGCCCAGGUGUCCCCUGGCACCAGUGUCCUCGUCCUGGAUGGAGCAAGUCCAUUUGGUACCAUUGCAAUUCAGCUGGCCCAACACAGAGGGGCCAAAGUCAUCUCCACUGCCCACAGCCUGGAGGACAAGCAGUACCUGGAGAGGCUCAGACCUGCUGGGGGAUUUGGGUCUGUGAAACCAGAAUUAUUUUCAAAAAGUGAAAUUAUUUGCAGAAAUAAUACCAUGUCAAAUUGGCCUGGAGUCCGGCAGCCUUUGGUGGCCCGAGUGAUCGACGUGUCCCACGGGAAGAUUGACGUGGCCGAGAGCUGCCUGGAGGAGACGGGCGGGCUGGGCGUGGACAUCGUCCUGGAUGCCGGAGUGAGGUUAUACAGUGCUGAAGAUGAACCAGCUUCCAAAUCCCAGCUGCUGCCUCACAAGCACGACAUCAUCACUCUGCUUGGGGUUGGGGGACGCUGGAUAACGACAGAAAGGAACCUGCAGCUGGAUCCUCCAGACAGCCAUUCCUUGUUCCUGAAGGGAGCCACAGUGUCCUUCCUGAACGAUGAGAUCUGGAACUUGUCCAGUGUGCAGCAGGGGAAGUAUCUCACCAUCCUGGAAGAUAUCAUGGAGAAAUUGUCAAAUAGCAUUUUCAGGCCUCAGCUGGAUGAACCCAUCCCACUGUAUGAAGCCAAAGUUUCUAUGGAAAUAGUUCAGAAGAAUCAAGCAAGAAAGAGACAAGUCAUCCAGUUCUGACACACAGCUCCUGGUUUCUCAGCCUGGGGAAGAUAAAGAAAUGUAUUUGUGGAGUAAAUGAGCGUACACUUGCAGGCAGCAAACAGAAUUUAAACAUUCUUUGUACCUCAGCUCAAAUGGUCUCUGAAGCUUCCAUGACUUCAGGGUUUUUAAAUUCCCUUGAGCAGAAUGUUCCCAUCAGCAGCUUCUAAAGAAGCAGCCUUGACAUAAAAAUCUUGUGUGCCUGCCACACUUAAAAAUGUCAGAAAUAUCUACAGGCAAACUCAGUCGCUGUUGGUUUCCAGCCCUAAGAAAUUAAAGAGGGAAAAAAAAGAUGUUUUUAUUAGUCUUUUUGUCUCCAACCCCUACCAGUAGUUACCUUUAUAGUUACCUUUUGCUUUUCACUGCACUGAGACCAAAUGCUACACUUAAAGAUCUUAGUCCACAUUUAAAAUUGUUACUCAAUUGAAGGACAGGCUAAACUAUCGAGGUUGGCAAGGGUGCCAGAUGGGAAGGACAUGGUACUGACAGCAGGAGUUUCCCCAACUCUUUCUCUUCACUUCAGCACUAAGGCAACAAACCUGGUAAAUCCAGAGUCCCCAGACUGGUGGAAUUGUGUGAGUCAGAUGUUUGAGGCACUUUGUGUAGCUUGUAACCUUUGGUAUCUCCCUGUGCAGUGCAUGUUAACCUCAGCACAGCCCAGAUCUGUCUCUCCAGCAUUAUCCAUGACUGUGGCCUGUCUGAAAGUCAGCAGUGGGGAAGGAACUGCAUUUUGCUUUCCUUGAAGCAUGUGCCUCCCUACAUGCUGUGAUUGGAGAGUAAAAAUGCUUUUUCUCUUUCAGCCGUGUUGCUCAUUUUCGCUGUGGAUCACUCAAACCAUGGACAUGGCCACUUCACAGCUGUGUCAGUGGGAAAAUCUGAGAGAAAACAGAAUAUCCAGAACCACACUUAUCUGUCUCCUCUCACUCACUGCACUUGCAGGAGGUUCUGGAUAAAUGACGCAGGGCAAGCGUAGGAAAUCAGGAGGAACUCUGAUUUUACUGCUCGUGUGCUGCCAUGCAGCCUCGGAAAGGAGAGGUGCUUUGUGCACGGCUGAAGCGUGUGAGUCCUCCGGGAGUUCCACACCCGUUCUGAAGCCUUGGACCCAGCUGUUGGUUUUUUCCUGAUGCUGCUCAGUUUUGCUUCAAUGUUCCCAAAAGAAAGCAGAUGAAGUAAGACACUAACAAGUUUAGAAAAACAAGCACAAGCAGUGACAAAACUGCAGCGAAAGAUCUUUUAGUAGUAUCGUUUUUCUUUUAUUAAAUCUUUUGUAAGUAAAA